AUGUCGUCCGCAGCAGAAGCAUCGACUCCUCCGGAUCGGGACCUCAUUGAAGAGAAGCCAAGCUUGACACACACCGUCUCAGCUGGAGCCAUCUCCAUCAGUCCCGAGCUGUUUGAGAAGCUCUAUCUUACUCCCAAAGUUCCCCAUGCCGGAGACAACAUAAAACGUUUUGCCAAUCCAACUCCCCUCGGUUUCGUCGGCUUCGUUAUCUCCACCAUGACCUUUGCAAUGGUCAUGAUGGGCUGGGGUGGCGCCGAAGGUCUUUCACCAGUUGUUGGAAUUUUCUUCUUCGUUGGUCCUGUCCUGCUCGUCUUGACUGUCAUCUUCGAAUGGAUCAUGGGCAAUUUCUUCUCCAUGAUGGUGUGCGGUCUCUUUGCCGUAUUCUGGCUGAGCUUUGGCAUGCUACAACUGCCAACCCUCGGGCUUGCAGCGCCAUACUCGACUUCUGGAACCAAUGCCGUUGCGGGAGCCGUGAGUAAAGAAUAUAACGCCGUCAUCGCACUAUAUUUGAUCGUCUGGGGCUUUGCGCUGUUCACCUAUUUCAUCUUUACGCUAAAGACUAAUGUCGUCUUUGCUGCCAUCUUCUUGUUUGUCAGCAUUGCCGCCUGGAUCCUCAGCGGAGCAUACUGGAAAGUGAGCAAGGGCGACUAUGACAAUGCCCAUACCCUGCAAGUUACCGGUGGCGCGCUUUUGUUCAUUGUCGGCUGUCUAGGUUGGUACAUGUGUUUUGUGAUGAUGGCGGCGGAGAUGAGGCUUACUGUCUCUCUUCCGGUGGGAGACCUGAGCCAUUUCUGGCCAAGGACCGACAUCGAGAUGGCUAAAGCUGAGAAGGAAGCUUAG